AUGGAAGAGUUCAAAAAUAUUGCCGAUGAGACGUUUCCAAGCUUCUUGGGCCAUUCACUGAGUAGCAGUGCAAGUGUGGUUUUUGAAAAUGUUACCAUUUCUUCAAACCCUGGCUUACCUGUUGCAGCUUCAACUGUUGCUAGGAGUAAACCAGGCUGUGACAACAGGCUCUCUGAUGUCUGUGCAUCCUACUUAGAAGACAAACACUCAGCUCCAUCAGGAUCUUCUCACGGUAGUCAGUCAGAUCCUGAGCCAAUGGGGAGAUUUGCCCUCAGCUUUCGUGAUGACAUGGAAGUUGCUACACAAGUUAAAGAACCGCAACCAACUUCUGUUAGUUUGAAAGAAUCCCGCUCAGUGUAUGGAGAGCAGGAUCAGAAUGUCAUUGAGCAUUCAAAUCGCAGUCAAGAUACCUUACUUGAGGUAUUGCCACUUGAACGAUUGGAAGAUUUGUCAACUGGAAUAUGUUUUCUUCCAGACAGUAAGAAUAAGAAGGUUGGUCCAUCUGAACCUUCUGAAAAGCUGAUAGAAGGUGAAAUCUCAAGUGAUCAUCUUAGCAAUAGCCUUUCAAGUUUUUUGGAAAAUGAGAAACUCUCAUCUCUUGCAAGCUCAGAAGAAGAUUCCAUUGAUGACGAUAUUGAUGAUGAAGAGUUCUUUGAUAACCAACUAGAAGCCUAUUUUGAGCAGCUGAUACAACCAGAAAUGACAAGAGGAGACAUUGACAUACAGAAACUCUCAGAAUGCUGUACAGCACUGAAGCUUUCUGAAAAUGGCUUAGUUCAAGAGAACUUUCAGAUUCCUGAUGCUUACCAGGCUGUGACAGGAGUGGACUCUGGAAAUGCUAGUGAUGAAGAUUUGCAAAAUCAAGGGAUAACUGGAUGUCCUGUGCAAAGAGAAGUGCUGCCUGGAGCAGUGCCGCAACCGAAUUGCAUGGUGACUGGAGAUGUGCUGGAUUCCUGCACUGCUGCUGAGUUGCGAUUAGAUUCACUGUAUCUUCAGUGCAUGGACAGCCAUAAAGCUGAUGUCACAGAUGUCCUUCCAAAGCAAGAAAUACAGGCCUCUGAGGGUCAGGCUGCUGCUUUGGAUGCAGAAGUACUACAGACAGCAAGAGGAUUUUUGGGCCACUACACCACUCCUAAAGUUCUUAGUGCAGAUGCACCUCAGACAGGUGCAACUGAAUGCGAAGUCGGUCUUCCUGAUACUUACCUGUCUCCAACUGCAGACAGCUGUGAGAACAUAAGUUUAGCUACAGUGGACAAAGGUGAUUUACCACACAGCAUUGUCUAUCAAAAUGAAGAGGGCAAAUGGGUGACUGAUCUUGCAUAUUACACUUCAUUUGAUGAAGAACAAAACUUAAAUCUGUCUGAAGAUGAUAAAAUAAAUGAAGAGUUCAUUACAGGAUCUGAAGCAGCAGCUCUGAUUGCACAGGACCAGGAAGAAUUUGAGAAAGCACACAAACUUGUGCAGGCGGAAAGAGUAGACGUUCUAAACGCAUCUCAGUUAGCAGAUACUUCAUGGAAAUCUGCCAAUAGCUGCAUUCUGCCGAGAACAUCUGAUCUUGAUAAAGAUGGCAGUUAUUUACAUUUGUCUUUGGGAGAGUUCUUUGGUCAGAGAUCUGAAGCUCUUGGUUGUCUUGGUGGAGGCAGUGAUGUGAAACGGCCAUCUUUUGGUUACUAUAUUACAUCUCCGAAGAGAAGGCAACCUGUUGCUUUGCUAAGGCAAUCUGGUUCAUCAGGAGGUGACACCGGCCAAGAGAUUUCGCAGUUGUCUGAGGUGUUUCCAGAUGAGUUAGAAGCACAAGCAAAAGAACAUGCAAAUUCUGCCAGCUGUGAAGAUGUGUGGCAUAAGAUGGAUACUCCAGCUGAAACACCUGAAAGCUUUAAUACAGAAGCUGCUACCAAAAGUAAAGCAGAGGAUGGAAUUCAUAAAGAUAAGUUUGAAGAUGGGUUAUCUCAUCAUUCUGACUCUGUCCUGAGUAUUAGCACGAUCGCAUCUGCUAUUGCUAAUGCUUCCUCCAGUGCUGAUCCUGCCCAGCUAGCUGCUAUGAUGAUGGCACUCUCUAAUAAAGGUAAAAGAACGUGUUUCCUUCCUGGAAUUGUUAAGGAGACGGAACUAUCUGCUAAUCAGGUGUUAUCCAGCAAUGUGGAAAAUAGCACAUUUGAUAUGGAAAAAUACCUCAAAAAAACAGAUGAGAUUGGACAUGAAAGUGAAUAUGAGAGUAUCAUGAAACAUGAAGCAUCUGUCCAGAGCCUUAUACCUGGUACCUUUUUAUUGGGUAAAGAUAAAAAUAAGGAUACUUUUGCAGAAGACUUGAUAAGUAAUCAUAGCAAGCAGCAAGAAAGAGAGAAGCGAUUUCUGGAUUAUUUUAAUGAAGAAAAUGAUUCUCAGAUUUUCCCUAGUCUAUCUGGUGUUCCCAACCAUGAAGACAUAACUGCAAAUAAUGUUAAAUAUUCAGAAAAGUUGUCAGAUUUAGUGAAUAGUAAACACUCACAGUCAGUGAAUGCUGAUCUUAGAUCAGAUACGCUCGAUACCAAAACCUCACCUACUGGAAAUGUAGCACAGACAUGUGGAAUUCCUUUAGCAGCGAAAAUGGAAGUGGCACAGAGAAGUUCACUUGCUUACCAGACCAGCGAUCUCUCUAGAUGUUUUAUCAGGGGAGAUGCAGAAACAGUAGAUCAAGCAACACGUGCUGGUCCUGAACCACGUAAUGAUUUGGUGAAGAGAAGUACAGGAAAUCCUCUGUCAGUCAGCAACGUAAAACCUGCCAAGCAAUCUAGUAAAUAUGUCUCAGGAAGUCCUACAAAAGCAAAGCCUAUGCAGAAGUUGGACAAUGACGAAAAGAAGCAAAAUGCAAAAAUAGAGAAGAGAAACAAAGACACCGGUACUGCUUGCGGUGGGAAUGGGAAACAUGUAACUUUUGAUAACCCCUCCCGAACUUCCCAGAAUAGUACUGAGCAUAAACCCAUUCUACCUGAAUGUGACUUGCAGCCUCUGGAAGAUGAGCAGUGUAGCUUCAGACCUUCAACUUCACCACUUAUUCACUCUUCUCCUAGUGAGACUUCUGGAACAGCACUUUCAGGGUCUGAAAGUGACUUUACUUGCACAUCACACUAUCAGGAACCUUCUUGCAAAGAGAGUGUACUACCUCAGUCAGUUUACUCAAGUCCUAGCAUGAGCAGAUUAACAUAUGUCUCUGCAUCUGACAGUACCCUUAAGAACACAGCUGUAAUACAUGAUCCGGAGACAUACUGG